AUGCGGCUAAUUUCCACAAAUACUCUCCAACUGAAGAAGUUCAACAGCCUUGAGGAAGUGUUGAAGGAGCCAUGCCCGCGGGGUGUGAAGCAGGGAUACGCCAUCCUAUCGCACGUCUGGCGCCACAAGGGCAAGCCUGAACAGUCAUUCGCAGACAUGCAAAAACUAUGCCAUAGCCCGAGAGACGUCUCUCCGUACGACGACGAGCGAGUGGACGAGAAGCAGCAUCUCGGCACCAAGCUCGGGCUGGCGAACCUACUCGAGGAAAUCACCGGAAUCGACGCUGAGGUCUUGACGUUUCGUCGUGCCCUCCAUCACGUCAGCGUCGCCCGUCGCCUGUCGUGGGCCUCGAAGCGCAAGACCACGAAGAUCGAAGACCAGGCGUACUCCCUCUUGGGCAUCUUCGGGGUCUCGAUGGCUACAAUAUACGGCGAGGGCAGCUAUGCAUUCCGGCGCUUGCAGUACAAGAUUCUGAAGUCCACUGCUGAUCACACGCUCUUCGCCUGGGGGGAUAUGUGGCUACCCACCGACUCGGCGUCCGACUCGACUCUUGCUGAAAAUUCCACUUCGAAGCAGGACAGGAGAAAUCCUUCAUCGACCCCUUCCAAACCUCAUCAUUUUGCUAGGCCGCCUCGUGUCGAGCAGUGCGAUUCUCUCUUCGCGCCAUCUCCUGCCGAGUUUUGUCAGGCGCACACGCCCGAUGUCAUAUCCAAGACCUUGGAAGGGGUUCUCGCGUGGGCACGCAGUGUCUUCGAUUUGGGUGACCCUUCUAUUGGAGUCGCUGAACAUCGUGUGGCCGGUUCAGGGGUCUGCUGCCAGUUCGUCAUCGUUCCUGGAUAUCCGUUCGCGCUCGCACUGCUUCCAUGCCAGAACUCCAAAUCCAACAAAUUCGUCGCUCUGCCUUUGUGGCCAGAGUCGCCGCAGGAAAGCGAAGGCUCAGGUGCCCAUCAACUCUUCCGGGUUGGUGUGUCCUUCACACCGUCGUAUCCCACUGUCAGUCCUAGGCUGAUCAGUCUCUGCAAUUUCGGUGUACAAGCGUUACGGAGCCAUGGAUGGGUGCCAGGGAAAGCGCGGAGUACGGUGACAGACGAGGCCGGAAGGGUUUACAUCAUCGACCCCCAUCGCUCCUCCUCGUUUCAAGAUUCACGCCUCUACCCUCUACGCCUGGAACCGAAGUGGCUCUACAUCCCUCCCUGGCUCACCGCAUACCUAGCCAUUCACGGGUUGACACUGAAGCUGGAUGACGAAGCCCGCCGAGGACAGCACUACCCGUAUGUGAAACCGCCAUGCGAGCUGUACAUCUACCGCAAGGACCAGCUGGACUUUGUCGUUCGAUUCGACUACUGCAAGAGAACCCCUCUGCUGCUCGCACUCGUCGACUUCACGGUAUCCGCCGCGCGAUCAACGGGUCCACCAGAAGCCAAGGCGCCAGACGAGCAAGGGGCCUACUCUGGCGGUCCAGAGAUCGGCUACGAAGUUGACAGUGCGCUGCUACCGCGUAUUUGUCACUCUGCGAAGCGCGGCGAGAGACCCGACCAUGUGCACGUCAACGCUUGGCUUAAAGGCUCUAUGCGCUAUAACUCUACCGACUGGGAGAAGGAGGUCCGGUUGAGCACCACGCUUUGGCCGACUCCCAAGUCCUCCUGUCUGGAGAUCAGGUUCGGGGGGCCGUACUUUGCCUCUCUGCGCAAGCUUCAGGCUCAGGCUCGGUCAGCGGCGCAAACUUCAAGUUCUUCACUACAGAAGCCGCUGCCGCUGAUCCCACCUGGCAGUGUAUCCAAGUCCAGGACGGCGGACUCGAGGGACCCGUCCGAGAAGGAUUCCUGGCCGCGUCAUCUCCCCAAGGACAUCGCGUCUCACCGGCCCCGGGAUGUGACAGCGGCAAAUCUGCGAGGGGCACCUGGCUUGGAGGCCAGCGCGGCGGCACCUGCGAGGCGCAGGGCCAGUUAUUCCGAGGCGGUCACCCACAGAUCUGCUCCGGUUCACCCACUACCAACCAUCGGCAAAGUCGGAACCACACGCUCUUAG